UGCGGCCCAGCCUCACCCAGACUCUACCUCCAGCGGCCCCCGGGUAAAUUGAGUUUGAGACCCCUGAGCUAAACUGAUCAGAGUUGAUUGAAGUUGGUUGAAUGUAAUGGAGGACAAUCCUGGAGAAAACCUGUUUGAGGCUGCAGAAGACCUGAGUCUCGGAUGGAGGUUCGCCUUUCAGCAGGUCAACCAACCUAAACACACAGCCAUGCUGUAAAUCAUUUUGGUGUCAUGGUUCAAAUAGGAAGUCUGACCUAUUGGGUUAGAUCAAAAAUGGGUUACAUUUAAGGAUAGUCCUGUAUUCCUGUGUGGAUCAGUCUAAUUCCUUGCCUAAUCUUACUGAGAAACUGUUACAAGGCUUUAAAAAAAUCCACAGUCCACAGAUGCUGCCCGUAUCACUAAACUAAACGUGUGCAACUUUCCAAAGAAGAAUCAAAACAUUUGAAUACAAAUGCAAAAUAAAGCAUAAUUUCUACUUCAUAAUUGUAACCUCUGUUAUAUGUUAUAUACAUUAUAAUAAAGUCAAAAUUUGUAGCAGUUGUACUUGCAUCAUGACAAAAUUGAAAAUUUCAAGCAAUCUGAACACUUUUGUGUAUGGGGUGUGCAUGCGUGUGUAUGUUGGGAUGAGGGUGCUGAAUUUGCUAGGAGUUUGCAUUUUCUCAACAUGGAUUCCCUUGAGGUUCUCUAAUUAUAAAUGGCCACAACCUCCACCAGCAACCCUUCACAAAUAAGCAAUAUAACCUGUAAGAUUCAUUAGACAUGAGAUAAAUUUAACAAACUACCAGAAUUCCAAACAAUGGGAUCUCUGCUGUUUAAAUAUAUGAAGAGAGAGCUUAUUGACUUAUAAUUAGUUGUCUACACGUACUUUUGAGGCAUUAAUGAAAUUUCAUGUAUACAUCUUAGAAAAUAACUAGACCGUAAAAUACUCGUUGCUACAUUGAUAGCCACGCCUUCCCAUGACACCGCCAAUCAGAGUUGACGCUGGGGUUAUAUAAACCCAUCGGUCCAACGGUUAAAGUUUGCCCCUCCCACUAUGAUUUCAGAGUAAAUACUAUGUCAGAGUUGGGGGACGUUAGGAGAGCUCGUGUGUGGAAGUCGCGUGACCUCAGUCUAACUUGUGUUUGUGGAUUUGCCCGGCGUGCAUUUUGGAAAACCUUGCUCGAAGUUCAUUAGCGGAAAAAAACAGGAAGUAACUUUCAAGUUGUGAGCAACUGUACGCCUUCAGUAGGAACCAGCAGAACGAAAAGAGGUGUUCAGUGACCAGGUCAGGUCCGAGGUGAUGUGGAUUCCCAGAAAUUUGAUGUUGCCUGCGCACUCCACGUCCUCCCCUUGAAUUCUAAUAGAGAAGUCAAGUGCUUCCAGAAAUGUGGGUGUUCCUUCGGCCAAAAGAUGAUUCAUGAUCUUCUGUGAAAUUACAUGCCGCUAUAACCAAGGAAUGACAUUUUGUCAAUAUAUACUGAAGAUUACAGUGACUUGUUGUUCUACUUGGAAUCAACUGGACUGGGCACAAUCAUAACAGAUAAUCUCAGGAACCAAAGACCUACCAAUUUCACUAAAGACCAAAGCAAGCACUACAUUCCUUGAUUCAAACCGUGAAGAGCCUUACUUUUUGAAAUAAGGAUCAGAGCCAGAAUUUCCAUUUCACAACUUUGCAAUUUGGAUGCCUGCCAGAGAAAACAGACCCUACAUGUAUGGUGGAUAAGAAGGGACAAACUAACGAAUGCUCAACUGAAUGGGCCUUCAGUCUUUGGUGUGUUUUAGUGUCCCUAAGGAAGAAGUACUUGGAGGCUCAACAAAGGAUCCCUUGAACAAUUUAGUGAUGGAGUCUCCCCAUUCAGACCAGUAAUAAUUUCACACCAUUGUUUUAUUUUUUCUAAGAAAAGUUCUGGAAGAUUCUCAAAGCUUCCAUCAGAAAAUGUUCUUACAUUCACCUCUUCAUUGUCAACCAUCCACUGUCAGUGUCUUAACAGACAAUAUACUGACAAAUGACCAAAUAUGUGAAUGGAUUGCUUCCAUGGUUUCAGAAUUUAGGUAUGCAAGAGAACAAUGUGUGUUCACCAGCAGAACCUCUGAGCAACACGACUCUGAAACCAGCACAUCACCUCCCACCUUGGUAGUCACCUCCCCCCAGGCCUUCACCUCUGAUAAAGACGAUGAGCACAAGCAAAAUUCUAACCUGACUUUUUCUCAGCUGGGUUCUGUCACAGUUGGUCAGUCACCUGAAGAAGAUGGUUUAAGGACAACUACAAAAUCAAGUUCUGAGAAGAAAGAACAUUCACAGAUCCUGUCAGAAGUCUCCAGCACCCAUGAGAAGAAGGAUGAACAGAGUUCUGUCAUUAACACUACCAUUCAUGACUUUAGCAGUGAUGAACUGACAAAGGAGUCCGAUCAAACAGUGGCUGGCAAUUCAUCAGAUAAAGACUCCAUGUUUCGGUUACAUGGCAGCAAGACUUUAGAUGACAAAGACGGAAAAAGUGAAGUUUGUCAGCAGCAAAAGGGGUAUGAAAUCAAAGAGUGGAGAGUAGUAGCUGCCUCGAGGUCAAGUACAACCAAAGAAGAGUCCAGGAAAGCUGGUAAAACUCAAACUGAUGGAGCAAGCUCAUUGGGUUCACGCCAACAGAACUCAACCAAUGUAUUGGACAAAAGGCUCCAACAAACCAAACCUAACCAUCCAGCACAAAGCAACACAGAUGGAACACCAAAUUUUCCAAUUCUAACUGAUCCCCAGUAUGAUAAUAUUUCAGAUGUGGAAGAGCCCUUAGGGUUGACUGCCAGAUUUCUGAGGGUAGAGCAAUAUGAAGACAUAAGUGAAGAUGAGAAUCAGGGCAGUGGAAAACGAGCUGGGAACAUGGGCUCUACCCCACCUGUUGUAUCUGAGGCCUGCAGUAAAACAUUAGGAAAUGUGCAGAUUUACGAUUCCCCCAAUACACCCACACUCGAUGAAAUAACAGAUGUCCAUUCUCUGCAUUCUGUUGAAAAUGCUGAUGAGUCAGAACAUCACUUGUGUAUUGAUAGAGAUCAUGGAGGGCAGACAAGCCACUUCUAUGAGGAAUUUAGUGAUGAGUCUGAUGAGGAGAGUGAGGUUGAGUUUGAAGUGGUACCUGUAAUGAUGUCAGACCUUAACCCUGAACCGGUGGAAGAGGAGCCUGCUUCAGGAAAAAUGAUGCAACAUGACAGUUAUCAUGAAAACCAAAUUCACCAGCAUGGCGUAAGUGCAAGAAAAAGUUGUGCUCCAAAGCCAGUACCAGCAUCUGCAUUUUCCCAGAUGGCCAUCUUUGACACGCCAGACGAUCAAGAACAAGCCAUUAGAUGUGGUCAGGUUUCCUUUGUCGCACUCCCCUGUGGCAGCCCUGAGUCAACAUCAGGACAAGGUGAGGACAGUUGUGCCACUGAGGACAGUUGUUCUUAUUCAUCUGGUCCUGAGUGCAACUAUAUGACUGUGUCUAAGGAGCUAUAUAAGAGCAUAUCAUCUGCCCAAAGAAAGACUGGCCACUGCAUCCCUGACAACAGGGAGGAUGUGCAAAUGCCUCCAGAUGAUGGUAUAAUUGACAACCUGACUUUGGAUGCGGAAGAUAACCACUGUGAGUCAGAAAUGAAGAAACGAUCUCAAACUUCAGAGAAUUCCAAACAAAAUGAUGAAAGUGUUGUGAUUAUUUUGUCUGACUCGGAUGAAGAAGAUAGGGAAAAAUACAACAUCGCAAAAAUGGCUUCGACUGCAACUUCAGUAGACUGUGGCAGAGGUUCUUCUAGACAAGAGAGGAACACAGCAACUCCUGAAGUAGCAACAUUGGACAAGAACCAAAAGAGCAGCAGGUCAAGAGUGAGUUGGCAACAGUCUGGCAAUGAAGAUCUGACAAGAGAGGUUAUCUCAGCGGAAGCAGAGGACAGUGACGACUUCUCAAAUGCAGGUGUAAAUGUUUUGGUUCCUGAAAGGAAAAAACAGAGAACAGCCUCUAGCCACCCCAGACGGUUAUCAGAGGCAGACAUCACUAAAAAUGUCAGUAUAAUUGAUCGCAUGAUUGUUAUAGAAUCUAAAUCUGGUGAGCCGGCUACACUUGUCAGGGUACCCAGAGACCCCAGGCAAGGUCUGCGUCAAUCCAUGCCAAUGGCAAAGUCUUCAUUUACAGAGAGGGAUAGGAUUAGAGAGCAACCUGACAAACCUGCCUCCAUCCCCACUAGAACUCAUGUAGAAGCCCACAAGAACUCUCGUAGACGCAUCAUGCAUACUUCACAGUCUCCCUCCUCUGACAACCCUUCAGCAAUGGAUCAUCCCUUCACUCCUGCAAGGUUUCCAUCAUCUUCAGCUCCUGUUCAGUCAAUGCCAGUCACCAGCCAUGCAAGGGGAAAAGUGUUUAGAACCUGGAAAGAUCAGCAUGUCCCUCUGCGCAGGGAGAAAAAACACAAGAGGGCAAAUUCCUUCCAACGUCCUCGCUAGAUGGUUCACCAGUAGCUCAGAUGGCAGUGGUUUUUCCCAGGAUAUGAUGAUCACUGAGAAAAAUUCUAUUAGGUCAUUUAUAUUUUAUUCAUAAUUCUAUUAAACAGUAAAAUAUGUAUAAAGUAUCACAUUCUGGAUGUUAUAAAUAUAUCUUAUUGUCUUACUUCCAGUAUUGUAUCUCAUUGUUUUUUGGGACAAAUGUAAAUUUGAGAUGUCACAUGUGAAUGUUUUAUCAACCUCAUGUUGUACUGAACAUUUGACUAAAAUCCUGACUUCUCACCUA